CAUUGUUCAGUAUCCCUCCGAUGCGACACCGAGCUUAACGCUCGACACGCCAGUGGACGACUCGCAUGGGGUUCCGUUGACGUCAAAUUCGUGUGUGUCCGAAUACGAUAUAUUCCGUUGUAUUUAUUAUUUUUACCAAUAUUAUUAUUAUUACUACUAUCGUAAUUGCUAUAAACACAAAAAUAAUUAUUUAAAUAUAUUUAAAUUUCGGAAGUGCGUUUUCCACGAACCGUGGAAGACUGGAUCGGCUGUAGUAGCAGAGGUUAUCAACGACAUUAUCGCUGUUGCCAAUACGCGAUAAGACACCACAUACACACAAUUACACGAUUACAGGUGACCGCAUGGAUGUAACUAUUUAUUAGUAAAUGGACACGUAUCGAUUGUGACGUUGUAGUUGGGCCGGACUUUGUGAAAAGAUUCAACUAAUGGACAUAGACAGUCUUGUUUAUUUCGUCAACCAAAUAGCACACGGGUUGAAGAUAAUAGAUCUAUCUACACACAUUAUAAUCAAAAUCCACAACUCUUUAAUCUGAUGACACAGUAUUUACGGAUGCCAUAGAAUGGAACGAACAUGGAGGCUGCUACAAGCGGCUUCCUUUCUCGUGCCGUUACUACAAAACGUGUUAUCAAAUAGCUCAGACGUAUUUGAAAAUGGAAAAUCGGACAAAGAAAUACUGGAUAAUUUGGUGAACCCAAACAGAUAUGAUAAAAGAUUAUUGCCACCAGUGGAUGAUCAAGAUUUUUGUUGUGGGAUGAAAACACCUCAAGAUGUAAGAGUGAUACUUCCUUCGGCCAAUAGACAUCCUAUUCGUAAAGGACCUUUAUUAGUAAAUGUCAGCGUAUUGUUACUCAGUCUGGCCUCACCCGACGAGUCUAGUUUGAAAUACGAGGUUGAAUUUUUACUGCAACAACAAUGGUAUGAUCCUCGUUUACGGUACUCAAACCAAAGUCGGUAUGAUUUUCUAAAUGCUAUUCAUCACCACGGAGAUAUUUGGUUGCCAGAUACGUAUUUCAUCAUGCACGGCGAUUUCAAGGCGUCGCUAAUACCAGUACACUUUUCGCUGAGGAUCUACAGGAACGGCAGUGUCCAUUAUUUGAUGAGACGCCAUUUGAUCCUGUCAUGCCAGGGUAUACUGAACAUAUUUCCGUUUGACGAUCCGCAGUGCACAUUUUCAAUGGAAAGCAUAUCAUAUGAAAUGUCAGCUAUAAAAUAUGUAUGGAAAAAUGAUGAAAGCACGUUGAAGAAAUCACCAUCGUUAAAAACUUUAAAUGCAUACUUAGACCGAAAUCAUACAACUGAAUGUCCAUCUACUGGCAGUUGGAGAGGUAACUAUAGCUGCCUUGAAGUGAAUUUGAUUUUUACCAGAGACAGAGCAUUCUAUUUUACUACGGUUUUCAUACCUGGUAUAAUAUUGGUGACUUCAUCAUUCAUCACGUUCUUUCUUGAAUGGAAUGCAGUGCCAGCAAGAGUAAUGAUAGGCGUAACUACAAUGUUGAAUUUUUUCACCACAUCGAACGGUUUCCGAAGUACUCUGCCAGUGGUAUCAAAUUUAACAGCCAUGAACGUUUGGGAUGGCGUAUGUAUGUGUUGUAUAUACGCCAGUUUAUUGGAGUUUGUGUUAGUAAACUACGUGGGACGAAAACGUUCAGACUGGCCGUUACCCAUUGUAUACCAAAAUAAAGAUCAAGACUACAAACAAAUAACGCAACGUUACUUAAAUCGACAAGAUGCAAACCAAAUUAGUUAUGAAAGUUAUGUGGAUAACGAAAAAUACUCAAUAUACAGUGACAAGACCCAAGGGGAAUGUUCCAGUUGUGGGCAAGGGGCAUGCACACAUUCGUUAUUACAUAACACCUGCCCAUCAAAAACAGAGGAACAAAAUAUUAGAAGCAAUGGCGGCAACAAACGUAAAAUGCCACCACACCCGAUACGGAUCGCCAAGACCAUCGACGUUAUCGCCCGCAUCACAUUUCCUACGGCAUAUGCAGUGUUUCUGAUAUUCUUCUUCAUUCAUUACACUAGUCAUCCAAGCCAUUGGUCCCAAUAGGCAUAUUAUUAUGUAUUAUACGGAUGGCUCAAGAAGCUCAACGUUUAAAUAUAGCAAUAUAAUAAUAAUUUGAUAUAAUGUUAUUUUAAAUACGAUCAAUACCGGUAUUGUUUACAACUUUACAUUGGACUAAUAAAUUCAGGGGUCCAAUGAAGUUAAUCUAGAUCUAGAAACAAAAUAAUUUAGGCUUGAGGAAAAAAAUCUCAUAUCACGGACAAAAAAAAUUCUUUAAAACGUAAAAAUAUUAUUAAAUAUUGAUACGAUAUUAGCAUACCAUUUUAAUUCUUUUAACAAAAAAUACAAUAAGAAAACCCAUUAGAAUACGAUUAAUUAAGUAAAAUAAAACAUGUUUAUAAUUAAGAAAAUUAGAAACAUGAAUAUUGUUUAAUAUUUUGCACCUAUUUUAUUAUUCAAAACAUUUACAAAGAUUUCUUAACUGUAACGUUGGCAUUGAAUUUCUAAAUUAUUUUGGUAAUGUGGAUAACAUAAAUUCUCGUGUAACAAUAAAGUCAUAUUUUAGGAUUACAAGAGAUAUACUUUCAAAACUCACUCGAAGAAAAAAAAAUUUUAAUUAUCAAAGCAGAAAAUUACCUCCAGAAAAAUGUCAACUGGAAUAUAAUGCAACCUGUUUAAAAAUUUGGUAAGGAAAUUUAAACCUAAUACAAUAUUAUAUAUAUUAUAUUAAUAAUAAUAAUAUCAUCUAUAUAAUGGCCUGUAGUGAGUUUAAUAAAUUACCACAAUGUCGAUGUAUUACAUAGGUAUGAAGAUUUUUUUUGUCCGUUGUUUGAGAUUUAUUUUUUCAACAUUUUUUACCCAAUAGGAACAGAUAAAUAAAUGAUAUCAAAUAUAAUAAGUAUAAUACUAUCGAGUAUUAGGUAUGCCGGUAAAUGGUUGGGGGUUGGCGGUUGGCGUACAGUGUUUUUGUGAUGGUAUACUGCAGAAGUUAUCGAACGACAGUUGUAUAUCAACGCAUUGAACGCAUUGACCUCAUUAACUAAGUGCAUAGGUACAUAACGGUUUAAGUUACGGGUAGGUGAACUACACGGAUAUUGUAGACUUCGAGGUAUAAUUCACGUAUUUUAUUUGAUUGUAAAUUUACACCAAUGUGUCAUAUACUCAUGUGAUAAUUUAGUAGCAUUUAUCUGUUUAUUUUUAUUGUAUUACUAUUUAUUUAUUUUUAUUUUAUUAGAUAAUAAGUAACUUUUUUAGGAUUUUAAAUUAUUAUACGCAUACAGUAUAAUAUUAUUAUAAUAUUGCGCCUGUAUGAAGUAUCAUACAUUUUACUGUCUUACUGUUUGAAAGUAUCAAUUAUUAACAAUAGUCUCUUGGACAUGUAGUAACAAUUUUUUUUUUUUUUUUUUAGUAUGUAUUCUUAUUGUAUAACAUUUAUAUGAUUAAUGAAACGUGGAAGUGCUUACUUACCAUAGUUUUAAAAAAUAUUUAUCAUCCAAAUAUGAUAGGUACUUUAUUUUUUGGUUCGUCAGUUUUACGAACGAUACUAAAAACAACAAAAAAUGUCAUUAAAGUUUAUCUGUUACGAUAAGACGUAGAUAUACAUAUCUUGGUACAUUUCGCCGUAACGUUAUAUUUCUCAAAUGAGUAUCGUAAAAAAAUUUAAUAUAAAGAUCAAACGCGCCUAACCGAAAUGUUUGAUCAUAUUCGUGUAAAAAUAGUCGCAUAGCCGUGGACCAUAAAAAAAUUAUAUUAACUUAUAGGCAACUGUUGCAAAAUAUACAGGUAAAACAUAGGCUCUUUUCAAAAUGUUUUAUUAUACUAAUAUUAUAGAUAUGCUAAUUAUACAAGUAUACAGUAUUCUAAUAGAAUAAUAAUAAUUGAUCCGAUACGAAAUCAUUACAAUUUCUAUUGGUUAUUUUUUCAUUUAUCAUCAUA